AUGGAACGCCGGCACAUUGUCGAAAAGGAGAAAAUGGGCGCGUCAUCACCAUCGACGGGGGGAUCACAUUAUGUUCCGACUGGCAAUCCAGUCGAGGCUGUCCGAGCACGGCUCACGAUUCGAAACACCGGUGUUCAGGAUGCGGAGACGCGUCUCACGGCGCUCAAAGCUGUCCUCAGGGCCAAACAGCAUGACCCAGGAUCCCCUUACCGAGCCGACCGAUGGGAACAACGACUUCGAGAAGCAGGACUUCUCCCGGAAUUUGCGGACAUUCCCAAAGGCCUUCGUGAGGGCUUCCACGCCGGCAUACCCCACAUCAAGAUCACUUUCACCCCACCGAAUAAACCCUCAAUCACGGAAUUUGCUGAGCAUUUUCGAGGAAUACUACAAGCUGAAUACGACGCUGGACGUUACGUCGGACCACUCUCCAAGAGAGAAGUCGAGGCGCUGCUCGGCCCCUUCCAAACUUCACCACUUAGCAUCAUCCCAAAGGCAGGAAAACCCGGGAAAUUCAGGCUCAUACAAAAUCUAUCCUACCCGCACUCAGCACUCCCAGGCCCAAUCACGUCUAUCAACAGCCACAUCAACUCCAAUAACUACCCCUGCACCUGGGGAACCUUCGACACGGUCUACCUCAUCAUUGCCAGACUCCCACCCGGCUCACAAGCAGCCGUACGUGACAUCAAGGAAGCAUACCGCACCAUUCCCCUCCACCCCUCUCAAUGGCCUGGAAUUGUCGUACGGAUUGACGAUAACAGUUUCGCAAUUGACUUGCGCGACUGCUUCGGCCUCGCGUCUGGAGGAGGGGUCUACGGGCGAGUGGGAGAUGCAGGCGCGCAGCUCACCAGGGCGCAUGGCAUCGGUCCACUAUCCAAAUGGGUCGAUGACAUUGUGUUCUUCCGACUUCUCGCAUCAGAGGUGGAAGGGUACAACCAGAAGAGGAAGAAAUGGGCGAAGGAAAUCCGAGACAAUGGUGGCAAGAGGCAGGACGGCGGCAGAAUUUGGUUCGCAGGGUCCAUCAGACCAGACGGCCACCCCGAAGAGUUCGACGAAGACCAGACCCAACCCCUCAGAGUUCUGCCGUCACCCAGCAAACUCCGCGAGGACGCGCAAUACGCAUACAAUAUGUCUGACCUCGACAGCCUGUUCAACGAUCUGGGAAUCCCAAUCGCAAAAGAAAAAGAUAUCCCUUUCGGUUUCAUUGUUGCCUACAUCGGCUUCCUCUGGAAUGUCAAGGACAAGUGGGUCGCGCUCACGCCUGCCAAGCGUGAGAAGUAUUUGUCAGCUAUCGCAGAGUGGGAGAGCGCGACAACCCACGACUUGCUCGAUGCCCAACAACUCUAUGGCAAGCUCCUUCAUACGUGCCAUAUCAUCCCAGAGGGGAGAGCCUACCUCACAAACCUCGAAGCCUUCAUGGCUAUCUUCCGAGACAAGCCACACCGCCAGCUCACCCCUCCUCGCCAUACUCCCGAGGAUCUACGCUGGUGGAAAGACCAACUUCUCAACACAGAGCGACGAAGAGAAAUCAAAGAACACCCACCCAUCAUCGACAUCAAUGGUUUCUCGGAUGCUAGCUCAGAAAUCGGCAUCGGCAUUGUCAUUGGCACCAAGUGGAGAGCCUGGAAGCUCCUCCCCGGAUGGAAAGCAGAAGGGAGAGACAUCGGAUGGGCAGAAGCAGUCGGCUUCCUGUUCCUUGCCACUGCUGCAGCAGGUCUUGGAGCGGAAAAGGGCUCGCACAUCCAACUGUAUGGAGACAACAGGGGGGUCGUUGAAGGCUGGUGGAAAGGAAGAAGCCGAAAUUGGCAGACGAACCUCAUCUUUCGUCAAGUACACGCUCUCAGCAAGAGCUCCAGCAUCGCCUUUCACACCCAUUACGUCAAGAGCGCCUCCAAUCCUGCAGACCUCCCAUCGCGAGGCAUCUACGGCAGCCCCGAGGACCUCCUCCCUCACAUACCUAUCCCCAACUACCUCCGGAAAUUCGUCGCCGACUUCGAUUCCCAACAGCCACCCAAUCCAUCACCCAUCAAAGCGAGUGCAAAAGCGAAAGCAGAACUCCCAAGAGGAUCUUUCCAAUCCUCCCAAGCGGAGGAGGCCCGCACCCUCGCAGAGUUCAGGCAACACAUCUAUCACCUCAGGCCCAUCAACGUACCCGGAAAGGAUCGCCUGCGAACGUGGAAACCAGCAAUCGCGCGCAACACACUGGACCACCAAGGAAAGCCAACAAACCUUGCGCCCGAAGACCUCGAAGACAUCACUACCGCAAUCCAAGGCGCUUGGGCACCCAGCACGCAAGAAACCUAUGCAACCGGCCUCCUCGUCUACCACGCGUUCUGCGACAAACGGGGAAUUGACGAGCACCAACGUGCCCCAGCCAGCCCUGUCCUUCUGGCAGCCUUCGUAACCAGUCUGGUCGGCCUGUACAGCGGAAAAACGAUCCGAAACUACGUCUUCGGGGUCCGUGCCUGGCACAUCAUGCACGGAGUGAGAUGGGUCCCCAACGACACGGAGCUCGAAGCUCUUUUACGAGCAGGAGAGCGGAACGCACCUCCAACGUCAAAGAAGGCGAAGAGAACCCCAGUAACCGAGGACCACAUCAGGCGAAUCCACGCACAGCUCGACCCCAACAACCCGCUCCACGCCGCAACAUUCGCCUGCCUGACCACAACUUUCUACGCUGCCGCUCGCCUGGGAGAGUUCACCCUGCCCAACCUCAACGCCUUCGACAAAACCCACGUCAAGCCAUCAGACAUACGCGUGGAAGUCGACAGGCGUGGGCAGGAGGUCACCGUCUUCCACUUACCACGCACCAAAUCGAGCAUGAGCGGGGAAGACGUCUCGUGGGCUCAACAGAACGGCACUGUCGACCCGAAAUCCGCCCUCGAAAACCACCUGCAAGUGAACCAGCCCCCUCCAGACGGGCCCCUGUUCGCCUACCGCACGAAAAAUGGGAAAAAAGAAACACACAAGGCGCUCACAAUGAAGAAGUUUCUCGAGGUGGUCAACCAGGCGGGUGCUCGAGCCAACAUCGUCAAAAUCUCGGGCCACUGCAUACGGAUCGGCGCCACCCUCGAGUACCUCCUGCGGGGUGUGUCAUUCGAAGCCAUGAAGGCCAAAGGACGAUGGGCAAGCGACGCCUUUCUCGACUACCUGCGCGAACAUGCCCAAAUCCUUGCACCCUACAUCCAGGCCAACCCAGUCGUACACAAGGACUUCCUAGAUGUCGUAAUACCGCCCGUCCGGCGCUGA